AAGGUUUUCCCUUCCAAAAUGACUUUGCGAGCUCUGGUUUUGUGUCUGGCAUGUGCUGGGCUUGGAAAGGCAAAUGUGGUUCCGCAAGCUGAACACAGAAGUGUGAAGGUGGGCGACAACGUGACUCUCGGCUGCGCCUUGACAGAAAACAAGGAUGUUCUGCAAGUUACGUGGCAAAAGGACUCUGAAAGAUCACACGAUAAUAUAGCUACCUACAGUACCAUAAAAGGAUUAAAGAUUCAUGAGCCCUAUCAAGAUCGAAUGAAUUUCACGAGUCUGGUACUCAAUGAGACAAGCAUCACUUUCUGGGACACUAGAAUGGAUGAUUCGGGGUGUUACACAUGUCUCUUCAAUACUUUCCCUUUUGGCUCCUUCUCAGGACGUACCUGCCUGAGUGUCUUUGGUCUCAAUGCAUCUGUCCAUUACAACGUUUCCGAAGGUCAUUUGAUAGCCAUCUGUAAUGCUGUUGGCCUCCCAGAGCCCACCAUCACCUGGAACUUGUUCAAUUCUACUCCUAUACAGGAGACAGUCAGACACACCAAUGGAAUGGUGUCCAUCACCAGUAAACUGGAGAUCUACAACACUCAGAGCAUCACUGCGCAGGACUUGACCUGCAAAGUAAGCAACAGAAAUGAGAAAAUGGAGUUGCCUGUGAAAAUGCAAGGAGAAGACAGAUCCUCAUUGCUUUGGCUGAUGGUUGUUGUGGGGAUUUUAAUUGUUGUCGUAGUUCUGAGUCUGAUCAUGCUGUGCUGGAGGAAGAGGAUAUGCAGGAGGGGUUGA